GACCCGCUGUUCCAAUCCAAAAGAUAAAAUUCGACCCGGUGGAGCUUCAACGACGGCAUCGUUCUUCUUCCUUGCUCUCUUCUUAUCAAAGUCAUCUCCAACGCAAGGCUUCUUCGAUAUUGCUCCCAAUCCCUAUCUUGUGGGUAUUGUGGUGUGGAACCUGCGUUAGAGAAUGACAAACUAUUAUGAUAUUGACGACAUACUUGUUGAAGAAGAGUAUGUACCGGUUCUAUUCCAUAAAACAGCAAAUGGUGUGACUAUUGAUCCAAGUGCCGAAACUAACUGUGCUGAGCAAGGUUCCAAAGUGGAAGUUCCGUUCUGGCUUGCUCAUGAGUUGCAGCUUAGGCAAGCUGUGUCCAUUAACCUUCCUGCCUGUUUUGACCAAAAGACGAGGCUUGAAGUUCAGGCUGAUGCAGCAUACGUCGAUCUUAGAUCUCGCUGUCCAUACUUUUAUGAAUUCGGAUGCAAGUUAGAGCCACUGGUUACAGAUAGAACACUUGGGAUCUUGCUAUCGACUGCGUUUAAGAUCAGAUACAAGGAGGCACUGACAAAAGUAUACACAGCAGCUCAUAUAACAGCUUCCAAGUACUUGUCGUUUUUAACAAAAGAAGAAACCAACUUGUACGAAGCAGCUCACCUGUCAUCGACAGCCUUCAAGAAGUGGAAAACAGGUGGGCGUAGAUUAGAGAGAGCUUCAAUACUCGGAAGAAAACGCAAGGAUUCUAAUUAAUAAGUUCACCCAAAAACUCUUUAUUCUUAUCCUUGUCCAACAGAGUGAUUGUGUCAUAGUAAACAUGUCAAAAUGAUGUUUGUAGACAACAUAUAUAUUUGCUUUUCGUUGAAUCAAAUAGUUCAAAUCGUUUUGUAACCAUAUUGAUUUGAUGACACACUCAGUUAUGUGCUUCUUUCAGUUGACUUAAAAAAUCA